CCCAUUCAUGUUCGUAGUCUUGGUCAAGAAUCGGUCGCAGAAAGAAGUGCGGAACGCCACCGAAGCGCGCGUGUGUCGUCGAGUCGCUCGGAAGGAAGAAAAGUUUUCAAAAACUAGUGAUUUUGUGUUUUUCUUGAGAUUUACAACACGAAAGUGUUGCACCCGACGAAGGAAAGAUGAAGUACCUGCUGCUUCUGAUUGUGGGAGUUUUCCUGUUUGCAGGAAUCUCCACCGUCCGUGCGGACGAUGAUGCCGACAUCGAGGACCUCCCGGUCGUCGAGAUGAACCUGGGUGCCUCCAAGGAGGGUUCCCGAACCGAUGCCGAAGCAGUACAGCGCGAAGAGGAAGCCAUCAAACUGGACGGGCUGAACGUGGCCCAGAUGAAGGAACUGCGCGAUAAGUCGGAAAAGUUCACCUUCCAGGCGGAGGUCAACCGGAUGAUGAAGCUGAUCAUCAACUCGCUGUACCGCAACAAGGAGAUCUUCUUGCGUGAGUUGAUUUCCAACGCUUCGGAUGCGCUGGACAAGAUCCGUCUGCUGUCGCUGACCGAACCGGGCGUGCUGGACUCGAACAGCAACUUGGAGAUCAAGAUCAAGGCCGACAAGGAUGGCAAGGUGUUGCACAUUAUCGACACCGGUAUCGGUAUGACGAAGCAGGAUCUGGUCAACAAUCUGGGUACGAUCGCCAAGUCCGGAACCGCCGAUUUCCUCUCGAAGAUGCAAGAGACCAAGACAGAGACCCAGGAUGUCAACGACAUGAUUGGACAGUUCGGUGUCGGUUUCUACUCGGCUUUCCUGGUUGCUGACCGCGUGGUCGUGACCACCAAGCACAACGAUGAUGUCCAGUACAUCUGGGAAUCGGAUGCCGCCAGCUUCAGCAUCGUCGAAGAUCCUCGAGGAAACACUCUGCAGCGCGGUUCGCAGAUCUCUCUGCACCUGAAGGAAGAGGCCCAGGACUUCUUGGAGGAAGACACCGUCAAGCAGCUGAUCAAGAAGUACUCGCAGUUCAUCAACUUCCCGAUCUACAUGUGGACCAGCAAGGAAGUCGAGGAGGAAGUUCCAGUUGAAGAAGAGGUCACCGAGAAGCCCGAAAAGAAGGAUGAGGAUGCCACCGAAGAGGAAGACGGAAAGGUCGAGGAAGAAGCCGAGGACGAGAAGCCAAAGACGAAGAAGAUCAAGAAGACCGUUUGGGAUUGGGAGGUCAUGAACGACAGCAAGCCAAUCUGGACGCGUAAACCGAACGAUGUAACGGACGAUGAAUAUACGGAAUUCUACAAGAGCUUGACCAAGGACACUUCUGAUCCGCUGACGCACACUCACUUCGUCGCCGAAGGUGAAGUGACCUUCAAGUCGUUGCUGUUCAUCCCCAAGGUUCAGCCAUCGGAGAGUUUCAACAAGUACGGCACCAAGUCGGACAACAUCAAGCUGUACGUCCGCCGGGUGUUCAUCACCGACGAGUUCAACGACAUGAUGCCCAACUAUCUGAACUUCAUCCGGGGUGUCGUCGACUCGGACGAUCUGCCGCUGAACGUUUCCCGCGAAACCCUCCAGCAGCACAAGCUGAUCAAGGUCAUCAAGAAGAAGCUCGUCCGCAAGGCGCUGGACAUGAUCAAGAAGCUGGACAAGGAAACGUACGACAAGUUCUGGAAGGAAUUCUCCACCAACGUCAAGCUGGGAAUCAUGGAAGACCCCAGCAAUCGGUCCCGUCUGGCCAAGCUGCUCCGGUUCCAGUCGUCCAACAGCAAGAGCUCCAAGGAGUACACCAGUCUGGCCGAUUACGUCUCUCGGAUGAAGCCCAAGCAGGAACACAUCUACUUCAUUGCCGGAUCUAGCCGUGCCGAGGUCGAGAAGACUCCCUUCGCCGAACGCCUGCUCUCGCGUGGCUACGAAGUCCUGUACCUGGUCGAAGCCGUUGACGAGUACUCCAUCUCCGCUCUGCCCGAGUUUGACGGCAAGAAGUUCCAGAACAUUGCCAAGGAAGGUUUCAUCCUGAACGAGUCCGAGGAAGCCAAGGCCAAAUUUGACGAACUGAAGACCGAAUUCGAACCGCUGCUGAAGUGGUUGAACGACGUCGCCCUGAAGGACAAGAUCGCCAAGGCCCUGGUCUCGGAACGUCUGUCCAACUCGCCUUGUGCCCUGGUUGCGUCCAUGUUCGGCUGGACCGGUAACAUGGAACGUCUGGCUCUGGCCAAUGCCCACCAGAAGACUGAUGACCCACAACGGCAGUACUACCUGAACCAGCGCAAGACCCUCGAAAUCAACCCUCGGCAUCCGCUGAUGCGCGAGUUGCUCCGUCGAGUGGAAGCCGAUUCCGAUGACGUUGUGGCCAAGGAUAUGGCCGUCCUGAUGUUCAACACCGCCACCCUGCGGUCCGGAUUCCAGCUGCCAGAAACGGCCGACUUUGCCGACAGCAUCGAGCGGAUGAUGCGCCAGACUUUGGGAGUCUCGCAGGACGAACAACCGGAACCGGAGGAAUUCGUCGAGGAGGACACCGGCGCGGACUCCAAGGAUGAUGAGGAAGAAGAAGUUAACGCCGACGAUGAUGCCGAGCAUGACGAACUGUAAAACGUACCACAACAUUUAGAGACGUGAGUGUGCAAGCCGAUGGAUGAAUGCGCGAGAAUGUAGGGAGAAAGGACUGAUUUUAGCCCGAGAGAUAGGUGUCCUGUAAUUCCAAGUUAGUCGAGGGCGAAGGAGCAUAUUUUUGUUGCUCCGGUUGGCCCCCUAAGUUAAGGCGUCGUGUCCGUACGUUCUAAGGAUUAGUCAAUAAUUUGCAUUUCGUAAUAGCCGAAGGACAGUGUUCUUUAUUUUUUUCGUUUAUAAUGUUUCAAAUAAGAAUGUUUGUAUAUUUAUUGAGCUGUGUACAAAGCGAAGAUCAUCACAGAACAGAUACUUUUUCGUUUGGUGAUCGUAUAGCGAUGAUCCAACCGUAUCUAACAUCUCCACCUAGGUUCUAUUCUAAUUGAAAGCAGCAUAAACAUGUGAGCCGAUGAUACAAAAAUAAAUGACUUAUCAAAUGUAUAA